AUGGUCCCGGAAAAGGUUACCUCUAUCUGUUGCAUAGGCGCUGGCUAUGUCGGUGGCCCGACAUGCUCGAUUAUCGCGCAGCAGUGCCCUGAGAUCAAGGUCACGAUUGUGGACGUCAACCCGCAGCGCAUUGCCGCGUGGAACUCGGAGGACAUGUCGCAGCUCCCCGUAUUUGAGCCUGGCCUCGUGGAUGUUGUGAGUGAAUGCCGUGGCCGCAACCUGUUCUUUACGACCGACAUUGACGGCGCUAUCGAAGAGGCCCAGAUCGUAUUUGUGAGUGUGAACACGCCGACCAAGACAUCGGGUGUCGGCAGCGGGUACGCCGCCGACCUGCGUUAUGUCGAGGCUUCGACGCGCCGCAUCGCGAGCGUCGCCACGACCUCGAAGAUUAUUGUUGAAAAAUCGACCGUGCCCUGCCGCACGGCCGCCUCGAUGCGCGCGAUCCUCGAGUCGAACUGCAAGCCGAACGUCAACUUCCAGAUCCUGUCGAACCCAGAGUUCCUCUCGGAGGGUACGGCGAUCCAAGACUUGCUCAAGCCAGACCGUGUGCUCAUUGGCAGCCUCGACACGGAGCACGGCCGCCGAGCCGCAGACCUGCUAAGCGGCCUGUACCAGCACUGGGUCCCCAAGGAGCGCAUCCUGCAUACUGGCCUGUGGAGCAGUGAGCUGAGCAAGCUCGCUGCGAAUGCCCUGCUGGCCCAGCGUAUCUCGUCGAUCAAUGCCAUUUCGGCUAUCUGUGAGGCGACCGGUGCCAACGUCGACGAAGUUGCGCAUGCUUGUGGCCUUGACCGCCGCAUUGGCCCGCACUUUUUGCGCGCGAGUGUCGGAUUCGGCGGCAGUUGCUUCCAAAAGGACAUCUUGAACUUGUCGUAUCUUAGCGAGAGUCUGGGCCUGCCCCAGGUGGCGGAGUACUGGCGCCAGGUGAUUACCAUGAACGAGUUCUCUAAAAGCCGAUUCGCCAAAAAAGUGGUCCAGACGCUGUUCAACACGGUCACCAGCAAGCGCCUCGCCAUUCUGGGAUUCGCGUUCAAAAAGGACACGGGUGACACGCGCGAGUCGCCGGCCAUUUCACUGUGCAAGCACUUCCGUGAGGAGGGCGCGCGCAUCGCCAUCUACGAUCCCAAGGUCAAGCGCGAGCAGAUCUACCUGGACAUGUCUGAGCCUGGCGUCGUAGACGACCGCCAGGGGCUCGAGGAGGCCAUCACGGUAUGCCCCAGCGUCCUCGAUGCGUGCUACGAUGCCGAGGCUGUGGUGAUCGCUACUGACUGGGACGAAUUCAAAAACAUCGACUGGUCGCUCGUGUACAAUGUCAUGCGCAAGCCAGCCGUCGUCUUUGAUGGCCGCCGUGUGAUUGAUCCUGCAAAGCUACGUGACAUCGGCUUCAAAGUACACGCGAUCGGCAUUGGCCCCGAAAUCCAGGACAAUGUUUGGGUAUAG